CGCCGGCUCUCUCUCUUGCUAGCUCCGGUUGGGUCGCUCGGCUCCGUCUCCGCGCUUCACGCUGACACCUCAUUCCCUACUUGAGGGCGAUUUGGGUUGCGAGUUCAGCUGCGGCGAGGGGGAUGCUCGGAGGGCACCGUGGACCGACUGCCUGGCUCCUGGCUUCGCUCGUGGCCCCACGGCCACCAGCAAGAGGCCGCACCGGGCCGGCCGGUUCCCUUUGGCUCCUGCUCCCUCCCUGCUAACUCCUCGGGGCUAGCUUCUCUCAUUUCCCUGGACCUGAGACUCCUUCCUCUUCUCCAGGCAGCAGCGGUGGAGGCAGGUGUCCUGCUGGCUCCUGGCAUUCCCUGCCUGAGCCCCGGGGACCGGAAGAGGAAGGGAAAUCCGAACUUGGCCUUUGCUCCCAGGUCUGAGGAGCUGUCGGCCCCGGCAGGCCGCCCGCCGAGGGGGGAGGGAGGCAGGACGCCAGAAUCCGUUUCCCUUCCAGAGGAGCCGCCACCUGCUUCCUCAGCCGCUUCCAUCAGGUGGGCAGAGUCGGCAGCACGGACGGGGCCCUGCCCGUGAGGAAGGGAAGAGGAUGGCCGAGGCUCCCGGGGAGGGAGCGGGCUCCGGCGCCUGUGGAAGGAGUGGUCGUGCCGGGACCGGUCCGGGCAGGAGUGCCCAGGAACGAGAGUGGCAGCAGCAGCAGCAGCAGCAGGAGGAGGAAGAGGGGGGCCAGGUGGUGAGGCCGCGGAGUUGGCAGGGGGACCGGGGCCUGGCCCAGGCCAAGUCCUCUCAGCCUCAGCUUGCAGAGGCCAGUGAGCCGGUCCGGGGCCCUCAGGUAGAAGAUCAGUUCCAGCAUCUGAAUUUCAGGAAACAGAUGUCCUACAGGAAAGCCAUCGCCAAGUCGGGCCUUCAGCACCUGGCCCCCCCGACUCCUGGGGCGCUGUACGGCGAUCCUGAACGGCAGAUCCGCAGCACCGUCGACUGGAGCGAAGCAGCCGCCUACGGGGAGCACAUCUGGUUUGAGACCAACGUAUCUGGGGACUUCUGCUACGUGGGGGAACAGUAUUGCGUGGCCAAGAUGCUGCAGAAAUCCGUGUCCCGUCGAAAAUGCGCGGCCUGCAAAAUCGUCGUGCACACCCCCUGCAUCGAGCAGCUAGAGAAGAUUAAUUUCCGCUGUAAACCUUCCUUCCGGGAGUCCGGGUCCAGGAAUGUGCGGGAGCCAACUUUCGUGAGGCACCACUGGGUUCAUCGGCGCCGCCAGGAUGGGAAAUGUCGUCACUGUGGCAAGGGUUUCCAGCAGAAGUUUGCCUUCCACAGCAAAGAGAUCGUGGCCAUCAGCUGCUCGUGGUGCAAGCAGGCGUACCACAGUAAGGUCUCCUGCUUCAUGCUGCAGCAGAUUGAGGAGCCUUGCUCCUUGGGGGCCCACGCGGCUGUGGUCAUCCCCCCAACCUGGAUCCUGCGGACCCGGCGCCCCCAGAACCCACUGAAGGUCAGCAAGAAGAAGAAGAGGACGUCCUUCAGGAGGAAGUCCAGCAAGAAGGGGGCCGAGGAGGGCCGCUGGAAACCCUUCAUCAUCAAGCCUACCCCCUCACCCCUCAUGAAGCCCCUGCUGGUGUUUGUGAACCCUAAGAGUGGAGGCAACCAGGGGUCCAAGAUCAUCCAGUCCUUUUUGUGGUACCUCAACCCUCGGCAAGUGUUUGACCUGAGCCAGGGCGGACCCAAGGAGGCGCUGGAGCUGUACCGCAAAGUCCACAACCUGAGGAUCCUGGCUUGUGGGGGUGAUGGGACGGUGGGCUGGAUCCUCUCCACCCUGGACCAGUUGCGCCUGAAGCCCCCACCCCCUGUGGCCAUCCUCCCACUAGGCACCGGCAAUGACUUGGCCCGGACCCUCAACUGGGGAGGGGGCUACACGGAUGAGCCGGUGUCCAAGAUCCUGUCCCAUGUGGAGGAAGGGAACAUCGUGCAGCUGGAUCGCUGGAACCUCCAGUUGGAGCCCAACCCAGAGGCCGGGCCCGACGAGCGGGACGAGAGCGCCACUGACAGGCUGCCCCUGGAUGUCUUCAACAACUACUUCAGCCUGGGCUUCGACGCUCACGUCACCCUGGAGUUCCAUGAGUCCCGAGAGGCCAAUCCUGAGAAGUUCAACAGCCGCUUCCGGAACAAGAUGUUCUACGCCGGGACGGCAUUCUCCGAUUUCCUGACGGGCAGUUCUAAGGACCUGGCGAAGCACAUCCGAGUGGUGUGUGAUGGCACCGACCUGACCCCCAAGAUCCAGGACCUGAAGCCUCAGUGCAUCGUCUUCCUGAACAUUCCCAGGUAUUGUGCCGGCACCAUGCCCUGGGGGCACCCGGGCGAGCACCACGACUUUGAGCCCCAGCGGCACGACGACGGUUACCUUGAGGUCAUCGGCUUCACCAUGACGUCCCUGGCGGCCCUGCAGGUGGGCGGGCACGGCGAACGGCUGACCCAGUGCCGGGAGGCGGUGCUCACCAUGGCCAAGGCCAUCCCGGUGCAAGUCGACGGGGAGCCCUGCAAGCUGGCGCCGUCCCGCAUCCGCAUCGCCCUGCGCAGCCAGGCCUGCAUGCUGCAGAAAGCCAAGCGCCGCAGCGCCCUGCCCCUGCACAGCGACCAGCAGCCGGUCCCCGAGCAGCUGCAGAUCCAGGUGAGCCGGGUCAGCAUGCACGACUAUGAGGCGCUGCACUACGACAAGGAGAAGCUGAAAGAGGCCUCGGUGCCGCUGGGGACCGUGCUGGUGCCAGGGGACAGCGACCUGGAACUGUGUCGGGAACACAUCGAGAAGCUGCAGCAGGAGCCAGAGGGGGCUGGGGCUGGGAGCCCAGUGACCCAGAAGCUGUCAUCCAAAUGGUGUUUCCUGGAUGCCACGACGGCUAAUCGCUUUUACAGGAUCGACCGGGCCCAGGAGCAUCUCAAUUACGUGACAGAGAUCGCCCAGGAUGAGCUGUAUGUCCUCGACCCAGAGCUGUUGGGGACACCCCCAGGGCCCAAGAUUCCAGCUCCUACUAGUCCCCUGCCUGAAUCCCCUGUUGCCACCUCAGUGCCCCCAUCACCGAGAACCAGGACAGAAUCCAAUGGUUCAAGGCCCUCCAAAGAUGAAACGCUGACAGAUGCUGCCAAGAAUAACGACUUCUGCAAGUUCCGGGAACUGCAUCAGGCCGGGGGGGAUCUGAUGCAACGAGACGAGCGGGGCCGAACCCUCCUGCACCACGCGGUCAACGCCGGCAGCAAGGACAUCGUGCGCUACCUCCUGGAGCACGCCCCCUCCGAGAUCAUUGAUGCUGUGGAAGAAAACGGGGAGACCAGCCUGCACCAGGCCGCCGCCCUGCGCCAUCGCACCAUCUGCCAUUACAUCGUGGAGGCCGGGGCCUCGCUAAUGAAGACGGACCUGCAGGGGGACACCCCAAAGCACCGGGCAGAAAAGGCUCAGGACUCGGAGCUGGCCGCCUACUUGGAGAACCGGCAGCACUACCAGAUGAUCCAGCGGGAGGACCAGGAGACGGCCGUGUAGCCAACCCGCGCAGCCAGCCCACCCAAACCAGCCAGCAGGACUGCGGUCGGGGACCUCUCUCCUCGGGGAGGGGCGGGGCGGAGCGGGGCUGUGUCCCCCCAGGAACAGCGGCUCCCUCUUCCCCGACCCCUCCCUUACUGCCACAUUCCAGGCGGGCACAGGCACCGCUGCCGCGCCAGUCGGCCAGCACCUCGGUGGGCCCCGAGGGGAGGCGGAGCUCACGAACGAGGCCCCGCCGUGGAGCCAGUCGGAGUCGCCCGGGAAGCGGCCGCCGGAGCCGCCCUGCUGGGGUCGGGGGUGCCCCGGGCUCUGGGCCGGGCCUCCGUCACUCGGAUGCGGAACGCCUCCGCCGCCGGUUUCUUCCGAUCGGGCCAGAAGGGCCCGAGAGCACAAUGCCGCACCGGAGCCCUGAGAACCCAACCUCAGCGGGCAAACUGCCGACCUGCCUCUUCCCCAAACCCCCACCUCUCUAACCCGAACACAGCACAGAUCCCACCCUGACCCCCAGCUGCCCAGAGCGGUCAGGUCUCUGAGGAAUAAGGCAGGGAACGGGGAGAGGAGUUGAGGGGAUUUGGGGUUGAGGGGAAAGGGCAGGAGAGGUAGGAGGAAGGGUCUAGAGAAGGGGUGGGGGUGUGAAUUGGGAGCAGUUGGGAUAAAGGGAGGCGGAUCAGAGAAGAGUGGAUAACUGAGGAGAGGAGAGCAGCUGCCGGGAUGAUAGCGGGUCAUGUGGGAGAAGGAAGUGAAUGGACCGAUUUGGGGAGUGGGGAGACGAGAUAGGGCAAACUGGGAGGGCGAGGAGCCAUUUUGGGGAAUGUCCUCAAGUGACAGCUGAGCCCUGAGAUGGUAAGUUUCAGCAGCGGUCUGAGGAAGCUGAAGACCGGCUCUUCCUCUGCGGCCUCUGGGAGUCUCCCCCAGAGGCUCUCCUCCCUAUUCCUGGCCGGGUGCCCCUCCUCCUUCACCCCCUCACCCUGAGCAGUGCCUCUCUCACCCCUUUCCUCACUUAGUCUCAGCCAGAGGACCAUGGGCAGGGUCCAGGACCGGGCCCCAGCGAUCCCAUGGAGGGGCAGGCAGCCACGAGGGGAUAUCAUCACUUGCAUUUUGUUUACAACCUGGCCACGUGUGACUCUAUAAAAAAAAAAUUUUUUUUUCCA